UAUUUAUAAAAUCAGCUGCUGUCGGACAACCCCCAGGCCAAUCAUGGAACCAUCUUCUGUGUUAUAUCAUAUGAUCAUCGGUAAAAACGGUAGACACAGUGUGAACACACCCAGCUUAUACAUGCUCAGUCAGUGCUUGACAGGGCUAGCUGCAGCUCGUAGCGACGUCCUUACUGUGACUGUCGAGUGAAAUAUUACGGAAAAGCAGGUCUUCGCCAUCAUAAUGCCGACAACUGAUUGGUUUUGCUUUCGGAAAUACAGUUUUCCAAACAGCUAAUAGCGCGUUUGUGCGCAAACUUAGAUAAGACGCUUGGAUACUCGCCAUGGCAGACCGACGCAGAGGAACACCUGGAUAUGAUGAGGACUUCACAUAUGUCAGUCCAGUUGUAAAAUAUCUACUGUUCACAUUUAAUUUUAUAUUUUGGAUAAUCGCUCUAGUGAUGGUGUCAAUCGGCAUGUACGCUCGCAUGACGAAACAUGCAGAGGCAGCACUGGCCUGCUUGACAGUGGACCCCUCUAUAAUGCUGAUGGUCGUGGGGGUUCUCAUGUUCAUCCUCACCUUCUGUGGCUGUGUGGGUGCCCUGCGGGAAAAUAUCUGCCUCCUGCAGACAUUCUGUAUCUCCCUGACAGUGAUCUUCAUACUCCAGCUCAUCGCUGGGAUCCUGGGCUUCAUAUUCUCAGAUACGGCUCGAAGUAAAGUGACUGACAUGAUCAACAAUGCCAUCAUCCACUACAGAGAUGAUAUUGACCUGCAAAACCUUAUUGACUUUGGGCAGAUGGAGUUUGACUGCUGUGGCGGUGUGAUGUACACUGAUUGGUCCCAGAACAUGUAUUUCAACUGCAACAUCGUUAACCCCAGUACAGAACGUUGCUCUGUCCCCUUCUCCUGCUGUAUCAUAUCAAAAGAGAAGGUGGUCGUCAACACGAUGUGUGGUAAAGGCAUGCAGGAACUGGUGUACCAUGAAGCUGGAAACCACAUCAACACCAAUGGCUGCAUAGACAAAAUGGUUAACUGGAUUCACAGCAACCUGUUCCUCCUCGGAGGAGUUGCACUGGGACUGGCUAUACCUCAGCUGGUUGGCAUCCUCCUGUCUCAGAUUCUGAUCAAUCAGAUCAAAGACCAGAUUGAGCUUCAAAACUACAACUUCAAUCACCGCUCUGACCCAUGGAAUUGACCCGGGGCAGACUAGACCAGAUUGUGAUGAACAGCACCAGAAGAAUGGUGACCCCUGAAACUGCAGGAAGAUGAGUAGAACUAUGUAUGCCAGGUCUAUGAAAAAACGUCAGUCUGGUAUGAGCAUUCACCUCUCAUUCUGCUUGGAUUAAAAAAAAUACACACAAAACCCAAAUUAGACAAACGUGUGGACAAACCAAUAAUGUGCUUUCAAUUACUUGGAAGUAAGUACACCCAAAGGGAACAGAUGGAGAAAUAGGACUCUGUCGCCACCUACUGGACAUAGGUCAUGCUUGCAUUUAUCAAACACCGCACAUCACAUUUAUAAACAUUUCACUCCCAAGCAGGGGCAGAGGGGGUAUUUGGUGCUUGGGGUCAUAUUGACCAAGUCAUAUUUCACUUUAUUAGGAACUGCAGUCAGUAUAAUCUACAGCAAGUGCUAUUUUAUCAUUACUCUUAUGAAGAUGCCAAAUAGGAAUGAGAGUAAGAACAUCCAUGUAUCCUUAUUCCUACAAAUGCUAACUAACUAAAAAGGGAAUAGUAUUUUGUCAAACUGAUUGUUUUGCAGACUGGAAUGUCUUCUUCAUGGACAGCAAGGCUGCUUAUUGUUGCAAGCACGUGUGGGGUGAUUCUGACAAUUGAUAUUUGGUGCUUUUAUUCAUGUUAUCAAAGUGAAUCUUAUAAUCUGCAUUUUUUUUUUUUUUUUUACUUUGUAGUCUAGUGUGUUAAACGGCCAUGCCAGCAGACACGUUACAUUUCUGAAGAUAAAAGCAUGAGCAAUGCACCUACACCACUUGGGAUCAGAUUUUCAACACUUUCACAAGCCAAUUUGUUAAAAUAAACAUUUGCCUGUGGAUACCAGAAAUGCCUUGUACCACUGUUAUUUUGUAAUAAACUUUUUUU